AGUACAACGCUAAAGACUGCAGCAUUACCAUUACUCGCAAAUUAUUGGAAGCAUCUCGACCGCGUCUCCACACUCCAAAACCAUGCCUCCCUGCUUCCAGCAGAGCGACUUCGCCCGCAUGACGGGAGCUGAGCUGGCCGCGGUCCUGGCCGGCCACGGCAAGUCGGUGGCGAACCCGCGGGCGAGCAAGCAGACACUGAUCGAAAAGUUAGUCAAGAUUGAGGAGGUCACGGAGCGCGGCCUGAUGCACGACGCCAUGACGCGAACCGGGUUGAUGAACUUGCUGGAGGGGAUGGGGAACCACUCCUCUUCGAAUCAAGUGUUUUCCCGGGGCAUGCUAUGCAAUACAAAUUUCCCGUACAUGUAUGAAAUGCAUGACAAAUUUUGCUAGCUUAGAGUGUCCAAAUUUUCAUGCUGACUACGAUUGAAGGCAAGUUUUGUCAUGCAGAAACAGCAUUCAUACGUGUGCGGGAGAUUUGGAUUUCCUGUGGAUACAUGCUGGCGACGCGGGUCAUCUCCACACUGAACAAGCGGGCCCGGCUAUCCAAGAAAAAAAACGUUGUUAGUGUGAAUUUGUAAUGCGCAAGAACAUGCAAGAUAAUUACGUCUGUCAUGCUUGGCAUGGAUUGUAGGGUCCAGUAAAGGGCGUUUUCACAUCCUCUCUGCGCAUGACAGGUUUUUGCUGUCAUGCCAGACAGAUUUGUAAUGCUGUUCCUCCAAAAAAGUUACACCUACAAUGUUUUUUUCUUGGAUACCGCCAGGAAGAAAAGAAAAAACUGGAAAAGCAAAAGGCAAUCGAAAAAGCGAAAGUAAAGGAGCAAAAAGAAGCGGCAAAGGCGGAGGCGGCAGCGGCCAAAGUCGCGAAAGCGAAGGAGAAAGCGGAGAGGAAAUUGGCGGGAAGUAGUAGCAAAGCGGUUCUUGUUGUUCCGGUGAAUACGAAGAUGACUGCGCAGCAGGCCGGCGCUCUUCCAAAAAUUGCAGGGCCUGCCGCGAAGAUAGUAAAUCCGGACGAUCCAAUGCAGCAGCUGCGAAACCAACCCGCAGCGCCAUCGCAGAUGAAUGCAGGAUCUAGUUUAUCUAAAGCUGAUUCUAAGCCGAGCCGCGCUGUCCAACAACCUACUGUCGCUAGUAGAAGUGCAACUACUUCUGUGUCUGUUCUCGCUCCUGCUGUUGCUGCCUCGGCGAAAGACAGCGAAAGAACCGACCCGGCGUUGCGGUACCCGGGGUUGCCGAAGGACUGCAAGGAUAAAUUCCAAAUCAACGUGUAUUUUCGCGAAAAGUGGAGCAAGUAUCCCUACGUGAAAGACGACUCGGUGAAAUUCGUAACCGAAGCCGACACGCAGCUGGUCCGACACAUCCCAGAACUCCAGUACCAGACCGCGUUCCUCCCCUUGGAACACGAAAUCAAAAAGGUGCGCAAGCAGUUGCAAGGGGGCACGCAGGAGGUGCUGAUUCUUAUUUGCGAUCUUUUUUUUCGUUCGUCGGGCUUAGUUAUUACGUUGCUCUAUCUAAGCGAGAUUUUGAUGAUUGUGCAGCAUCGAAAAAAAAAAAAUCCAUCAGGUGCAUACCGAGAUUAUGAAGCGGCUCCACGAUGUUGAAAAUUUACCGGAAGCGGAGAAGAAGAAGUCCUGCGAGGGCUCCUUGGUCACUUCAUGGGAAGAUUUCUUCUACGGCGGCACCUCCAUUUUUCAUCUCACGGCGAAUUCCUUCAAGGUGGUGUGGCACAACCACGGCGGCAUUCUGUACUGUUGGUACCACCACAAAGCGCACCAACAGUUCUGGUCGCAGUUCAGCAUGAAGGAGCGGAAGCAGGAGUCGGACCUGGUCUGGCAACGGUGGAUGGAGUUGUUCGAGAAGGAAUUGUUCGUCCCCAUGGCGCAGAGACUGACCACGCAUGUGCAAAAGUAUUUGCAGAAGAAGCAGAAACUCGUGGCAACGGUGGACGCGCGGAAAAAACAGAUCGAGCAGCAAAAAAUGCUGUUGGAAGAGAAGCGGAUCAUGCAGGAAAAAAUGGAGCAGAAAAAGCGGGAAGAGGAGAAACUUCUUGCCGCACGGAUGUUGAAAAAGCAGGAAGAAGAAUUGCUGUCAAAGAAAAAACAAGCCGAGCAAUUACAAUUAGAGGCGGAGCGCGAGAAGAACGCCACUACGGUCGAAGAACAACGGGGUGCGGAAACUACGGGGCGGAUGCAAGCUACAACUGGCGAAGGAGCCACCGCGAACGGCGGUGCUGCCGCGGAACUGAAGAGCGCCGCGGGAAAGAACAAGAUGAAACCGACUGAAGAAGAAGUGAUCAAUCUCGUGUCCUCUGAUUCCAGUAAGUCGUCCUCCGUCGCCGUCGUCGUGGAAGUUGUCGAUAAGAAAGUAGUGGAACAGCAAGCAGUUAUCAACGAGAGCGCGACAGAGGUGCUCGAUGAUGCAAAGGCCGUCGUGGUAUCAGGAACUGUCCCGGCGGUGUCGGACGGGGAAUUGGUGAAAGGAAAAAGACCUGCCUCCGUAGGAGCCGUGCAGGAAGCAGAGUUUGUAGCCUCUGGGGAGCAGGACAGUUCGCUAAAAAAACGGAAGAUUGAGGAACUGGAACAGUUGUAAGCAGCUGGUAUGAAUUGCAGAAUGAGAGACGGUUAAUGUUAAAGCUGUUAGCAACUUCAGAUUUAUUUUUCGCUCGAAAGUUUCUAGUACAUUACAGAGCUAGGUUUGUAAACUCCGCUGUGAUCUAAAUUUGUAUCCUUCGUAUGAAGCAAAAAAAAAGGAGAAACCGACACUGCCACAGAAAGAAACUCACCGCAGAUGAUGUCGUGCUUCUUUUGCGCAAGAAGUUAGUACUUCCUUGAAAAUAUUGACUAUGCAAAAGAGACGGAUCCUGAGUACAUGUGUUUUUUCUCCCAAGC